AAUAAAGUUGUUUGAGGCCGAACCCGCGGCAGCAGGUCACGUGGGCGGAAGAUGGCGACCCCGGCAGGCGGCGGGGGCUCCGCGGUGUCGGUGCUGGCCCCGAACGGGCGGCGCCACACAGUGAAGGUGACGCCAAGCACCGUGCUGCUGCAGGUUCUGGAGGAGACAUGCCGGCGGCAGGACUUCAACCCCAGUGAAUAUGAUCUGAAGUUUCAGAGGAACGUGCUUGACCUCACUCUCCAGUGGAGAUUCGCCAACCUGCCCAAUAAUGCCAAGCUGGAGAUGGUGCCCAUCUCCCGGAGCCGCGAGGGGCCCGAGAACAUGGUUCGCAUCGCUCUGCAGCUGGAUGAUGGCUCUAGGUUGCAAGAUAUUUUCUGUUCAGGCCAGACACUCUGGGAGCUUCUCAGCCAUUUUACACAGAUCAGGGAGUGUCUGGAGCAGCCGUGUGAGGCGAGCCCAGUCUGCGUGUACAUGAGGGAUGAGGUGACCGGCAAAGCUGCCUUGCAGGGCACGACGCUGCAGUCGCUGGGCCUCACCGGGGGCAGCGCCAUCAUCAGGUUUGCCAUGAAGCAACGAGACUCUGCCGGCAAGCAGGAGCAUGGGGUCUCCAGGAGCGAAAGCCCAGGAAGCCCAAUUCUUUCCACAUCAGCUGAUCAGGCAGCUGGCAGCCCUCUGCUUCCGUUGAGCUCAGUAGGGCUCAGCUGGGGCGACGGGAGCCAUCAGGAUGAGGCGGGUGCCUCAGGGUCUGGCCACGUGGAUGUCCUGGGCCCAAAGCCGGUGGAUGCUCAGGCGAAGCAGAUCUCAAAGGAGCCUGCACCUAGCCCCUUCGUUCCUUUCUCAGGGGGGGGCCAGCGCCUGGGGGGCCCCUCCGGGUCUUCAAGGUCUCUGAUGUCACCUUCAGCCAAAUUGCCAAAGUCUUACUCUAGCCCCGGAGGCCCCUCCAAGCCAAAGAAGUCGAGGCCUGGCCAGGAUCCCCAGCUGGAGCCGGAGCCAGAGCCGCCGGUGGACCGAGAUACUGUGGUGUGCCAUCCUGACCUGGAAGAGCUGCUCCAGGCCUGGCCUGCAGAGCUGCCUGAUGAGUUCUUCGAGGUGACCGUGGACGACGUGCGAAGACGCCUGGCCCAACUCAAGAGUGAGCGGAAGCGCCUAGAAGAAGCGCCCUUAGUGACCAAGGCCUUCAGGGAGGCUCAGAUGAAGGAGAAACUGGAGCGAUACCCAAAGGUGGUCCUGAGGGUCCUGUUCCCUGACCGCUACAUCCUGCAGGGCUUCUUCCGGCCCAGUGAGACAGUGGGGGAUCUGCAGGACUUUGUGAGGAGCCACCUUGGGAACCCCGAGCUGCCGUUCCACCUGUUCAUUGCUCCUCCAAAAACCAUCCUGGACGACCACACGAUGACCCUCUUUCAGGCUCUGAAGACCACCAGGAUCUGCAGGGAUCUCCUCAGCCUGAGCAGACAGGUAGACCUUCCCUCGUGGUGGUCAUGGUGGUCUUCUGUGCUGUCCACUCACCCCUUAUUUGGUUGGGAUUCAAGAGAUACAAGCCAGUGGGAAGAAGGCUUCCAGCAGGUGCUGAGGGGAGACAGGGAGGCAAAGUUCAAGAGGAGCUGCUCCGAGGGGCCCGAAGGACUCCCAGCUGGUGGGAGGGAUCUUCAAGGCUUCAAGCUCUACAGCCCCCAGAUGGCCUGGCUGGGUGGGCUUGGGCAGGGUCCUGUGAAAUGGGUACAAUGCCAUCCAGCGCGGUGCUGGGAGGGUGGCCCCGGCACCUGGUGCGUUGGCUGAGUCGGGGUCCAGCUAAGCUGAGCCCAGGGAAGGUAGGGGCGCUGUCCUCCCCACGUCUCCUUCCUGUUCCCUGGCCACCUCCCAGCUUCCAGUGCCUCCAGGGCCCUGGGGCAGCCCCCACAGACCCCCAGGGCAUCCUUCCACACGAAUCUUUGGUCCCAGGUGUCACAGUGGGGUUUUCAGAGCAUUCACAGCCCUUAUCUGUGUCCCUUGGCUUUGGCUGCAGUCUCAGUGUUCCUAGGCCUGGUUUUUGAAGCUUCCUUUUAUUAAUACCCAUCACCCCGACUCCGAGAGCUCAGGGCCAAGAGCAGAGAGGAUGCCCUCAUCUGGCAGCUGUGGCCUUUCCACCGAGGACUGAGGACACGGAUCCUUGGGCAGUAGCAUCGUUGCUACCUCGGGCCAGCUUUGGGGCUUGCAGCCAUGGUCCUCCUUGGUUGAAGAGGUGGGAGUGGAAGGCAGGUUAUGACGCCGGGGGUGCCCUGGGGCCUUCUGCCUAUAGCUUUGGUUCUGUACUACCAUCUAGCCCCCUGCCUGGGAGGCCUACAGGGGCAUGUCAGGGGUAGUAUGACCCAUCUUCAUCCCAUGCUUCUGCAGGCGAGGCCAGUCCCUGAGCAGAAACCCUGAGUCACCAACCCCACAGAUGGGAGCUCAGGAGAGGCACAGUUCCUGGACCCCCCAGGGUGGGAUGUGCGGACCCCAGUGCAGUGCCCGCUCUGCGGGUGGGGCUUCGCACUAGCUGGCACUGGCUCUUCCCCACCAGGCAAAACCCACCCAGUGUUGAGUCAGGGAACCUGAGCAUUGGCGUUCAGGGUCUUGGCUGGUGGACUCUCAAAGGCAGCAGACCUGCGCAGCACCUCUGGCCCUGGACUCCUAAAGCAACUUGUCUCCACAAGUCGCCCACUCCCCAUGCCUGGGCCUGGGCCUGGGCCAGCUGAGGGUCCCCCCAUGGUGCUCCUGUCUCCCGGCCAGCUGCUCCCAGCAGGUCUGGGUGCUUGCAUUCAGCCUGAAGGUGGCCCCCUCAGGGGUCUGGCUGCCCCUGAAGACCCCCACGCUCUCUGUUCUUCAGGCAACAUGGAUGGGGGAGGGGGACAGCAUAGGCUGGGGGCCCCAGCUGGCAGCCACCCUAUGCUGCUCCGGCCUCCCUGGCCAUUCUCUGCCC